GAACGCACGUAAUGCAUGGACUCAAUUCGGACUUAUUUCAAUUGGAUUCUGCAGCUUGCAAGAAAAAUAAAUUUUCAUUAAAGUUAGUGUGCGAUUCAAAACAAAGAUUUUGUGGUUCAUAUACAAGAUAUGGAUAACAUUGGAACGUUAGAAUUAACGUGGGCACAAGGCUAUGGUGGCUCAGAUGCCUUAUUCAUCAAUCGUAACACCGUAUGCCAUGUAUGCAGCAAUGGUAUCAAGUUCAUUGAUGUCACUACACAUCGUGAGUCUGUCCAUCCGUCACCAGGGCAAGGCAUUGGAGUAUUUACUGUCAGUGGUAGUAUGCAUCUUGUUGCAUUCUCUGAAAUGUGCCUGAACCCAAGGAUUUUUGUCUUUUCCUAUCCUGGAUUCACACAGAAAGCCAUCUGUCAAGGGGGGACUAAGUUGGAGUACAGUGCUCUUGCAUUCUCACACACACAUCCAUAUCUUGCAACUUGCUCAGCUAUUCCUGACUUUACACUGACACUCUGGAAUUGGGAGACAGGUUCAUUGCUGUGCAGUAAAUCAAUGUGGGGUCUUCCAGCCAGUAAUGUUUCCUUCAAUCCUACUGACUGGCACAAACUCUGUGUCGUUGGUCCUAAGCAGCUGACUGUGUGGACCAUUGAACAGGCUGAUAAGCUCUACUCACUCGUACCAAGCAAAGCCAGGCUUCCAUACUGUGAUGAGGCAGAAACUAGACCCAAGAGAGUAGACGAUGUUCCAGACAGACCUCCUACCGAAGGAGGACUCUUUAAAAUCGAUCCAGACAAGUCAGCAAUUGCUGGUCUGGUUGGAGAAGAAGCAGAGACCUUUGAUGCAAACUUUGAUGAGAAUCGUAGGAAGGUUACCCCAACGUCAAUGUGCUGGACAACAACUGGGGAUGUUUACUGUGGAUGCGAGGGAGGCCAGUUGCUGAAAUAUAACACAGAGACUCAGGUGGUGACCAUGAUGUAUAAUCCUGAUGAGAGGAAAGGUUCUGUAGCCUCAAGAGCACAAUCAGCUGAAGCUCUGUCAAGAAUGGCACCUGUCCCUGAUGAGGAAGAAACCAAAUCGGCAAGCAAGAGUCUGUCUAUCAAGGAAGGCACUUUGAACUGUCUAGCUCUUCAUCGCGAAGGUCUUUUUGCUGGUGGUGAAGAUGGGAUCCUACGUUGCUUAGAUGUAGCUCAUGGCGUGGUACAGGUUCUGGAUAGCUGGAGUAGUGGGGCAGCUAUAUCAUCACUUUGUUGGUCUCCCAGUUACAGCAAGCUGGCUAUUGGCAGCCCCAAGGGCUGUAUUCAUCUCUAUGAUCAUAGUAAUCCAGGCACCGCUGAUACGCUGAUUGAUACUCACAAUGGUAUCUUCAUUGCUGUAGCAAUGUUGGCACCUGGUACUCAACAUUGUGUGGUAAGAUCAUAUGGCUAUGGUUGUGGAUAGUGAGAGUAGAAUGUCGCUACUCCCACUGAGUUGAAAAUUAAACCAUAGUCAAAAAAGAACAUCACACUUUUAAGAAUAAGUAUUGUAGAAGCCAGAUAAUUUCAUGCAGGAUUUGAAAUG